ACCUCAAAAUAGAGUUCUGACACGGAGAAGUAGAAAACUAUGACAAUCAAGGAGGCCAUAAAGGCGCCCUACAAUAAUUGUAGGGACGACUGACGAUACGGGCCUUAUGCCCCAUUUUGACUGUGCUAUUCUCUAGUGAGCCUCCAUAACGUUCCGUGUCAUAUGGUUAUCCGAGUCGGAGGUCGGAGAGUCUCAUUCUAACCUUUACUCAGUCUUAUGUGUUUUGUGCCUUUACUUAUCAUUUGUCAAAACGAAGUUUGAUGUUUGAUGAUUUAAUUUCCAUAUUUUGUACAUUUUGUAAUUUAUAACAUGUCAUCCGUAAAAUUUAGUGAAAAUGCUUACUGCAAAAUGAUUAUGCAUGGUGUAAAGUAUCCACACUGUUCUGUAAAUGGCCUGUUGCUCGGUAAGUCCUCGAGUAGCAAGGCGAAGGAAGUGGAAUUUGUAGAGGCAAUACCCCUUUUCCACAUUAAUAUUAACCUGAUACCGAUGGCCGAAAUAGCAUUGAUGCAGGUUGAUACCUAUGCUUCAAAUAAGGGACUAGUGAUUUCUGGUUACUAUGUAGCCCCUGAGAUUGCGAAGGAAGCAACGUUUGAUAAGAUUUCCAACAAUAGGAUUUUAGAAAAAGUAGCUGUAAACUACAGGGAUCCCAUUGCAGUAAUUGUAAACUCUACAAUUAAGGAUGUUCAAACAGGUAAAGUAAGCCUGAAAGUUGCAAGUUAUUCAGAUGGAAACUACAAGCAUUCAGACCAAAUUGUUAUUCCUGAAAAGGCAAUCAAUAUAUGUGCAAACACUUUGGAUAAUAACUUCUAUAAGAAGUUGGUGGACUUUGAUAACCAUUUGGAUAAUAUUAGCUUAGACUGGAGUAAUUCAAAGUUAGGAGCAGAGCUGGAAAAUUUAGUAUAACAUUCAUUUAAUUUUAAUUUAUAUUAAUAUUUCAAGGAAUAAACACAUACAGCGUAUGUAACAAUUGGUGCCUGUGAGGCUCUCUCUUUAAAAGCAUUACAAGCACUAGCAUUAUUGCAAUAGGUUAUAAUAUUAUUUAUUUGUUGUAUUUCUUGAUCACAUUCCCAUUAUAUUGGUUGUUAACAGUGUAACAUUAUCAUUUAUCAUCCAUGGAAAAAUUAAUUAUAAUUUAAUACCUUAAAAUAAAUUUAAGAAACAGAUUUGCAGUUUGCAGGAGAACAUGGCAUUGGCAAAAUAUGCAAAUGAGUUGUGUUAGUAUUUCACCAAGAUUCAAUUGUUCAUUCAGAUUUUGUUACCUUUUUAUAUCCAUUUUAUUAGGAUUAUGUAUAUAUUGUUAUAGUAAUAAAUGCUGGUUGGAUUGGCUGCAAAAAGAUAUUAUUUUGUUUCCCCACAAGAGGUACGCAUAACAUCGAAAAACAUGCAAAAAACGAAGGUCUUCAUCUACAUAAGUGUGACAAUGUAAUUGUAAUGGGCAGAACGAAUGAAUUAUGAAAUUGGAGGCAUAUCGGCCACCGUGAGAAGCUGGCGCAUAGGCCACUU